AUUUUCGUGCGAAUUGGUCCGGGCCUCCGAGAAAGGCGUGGGUUCCGCCUGUUGGAAGACGGGCGGCGUUUUCAAUCACUCCCGACGCGGGAAGUUCGCUCAUCCAUUUCCUCGGCAAAUGGAGCGUCGUUAGUGAUAUGCCACGUUUGAAGUAGUCGUAGCUUUUGAUACCCACUUACACACACACACGCACGCACACCACCUCGGGGACAGGAUGAUUCCACACACCCCGGGCCCGCGCAGCCUCGUCACAGCAUUUGUCAUGCGAACAGGCCCUCCUCCGCUGCGGCCGGGGCAUUGGAGCCGCUGUCGUCUCCAUGGCUGUGGUGGUGCUCGUGGCUGGAGCUGGGCCACCACCGGCCGACGCGGAGGAGGAGGAGGCGACGGCGGCGGCGGCGGCAUCGGCGACAGACGGCCGGGGGGAGAGCGCGGCGCGUCGUCGUCGUCGCCCGUGUCUUUGUCGUCGUCGAUGAGACGCCGGCGGCCGCUACUGCUAGGUGUGCCCCGGGCCCUUUGCGUCAUCGAUAGCGCGGCGUUUGCUAUAAACUCUGUGCCUGCUGCCGCGGCGGCGGGAGUCGCGCGACAGCAGAAGCAGCUAUCCCGACAAUUGCAACAGCAGCAAAAACAACAUCGUCGCUUUACUUUGUCUAGACAUUUUCAGCUCGAGCCGCAUCGGCCAUCCAGACCACGGCGGAAACAUAGCUCCCGGGUUGUGGUUCUUUUCGGAGUCGCCCUAGCAGCAGCAGCAGCAGCAGCAACAACACCACUCGUGUCAUCGUCGACGCCAGCUACCAUGUCGGCCGAGCUCAUCCCGUCCAACCCGGCCGACGUCAUGGUCAUCCGGAACGUGACGCCCAACGUGGCCACGUUUUCGGUGCCGUUUCUGCGCUUUGGCAAGAUUAAGAUUGGCGGUCGAGGGACUGUCGUCAAGCUCAGCUCGGGCGCGCUGGCCGUCUUCUCGCCCACGGCGCUGACCGACGACGUCAAGGCCAAGGUGGCGGAGAUGGGCGGGCAGGUGGCGUACAUUGUCGCGCUCGACUUUGAGCACCACAUCUUCAUCUCCGAGUGGUCCAAGGCGUACCCGGGGGCCAAGCUGGUGGGCGUCGAGGGCCUGCAGGAGAAGCGCGACAAGGCGGCGGCGGCGGGCGGCGACGCCAAGAUCGGGACGGAGCGCUUCGACGUCGUCUUCACAAAGGCCAACAAGCGGGAGACGCGCAUCGGGGCCGACUUUGACGUCGACUUUGACUACGAGUACGUCGACGGCCACCCCAACCUGGAGCUCGUCUUCCUCUACCGGCCCGACCGCGUCCUCGUCGAGGCCGACCUGCUCUUCAACCUGCCCGCCACCGAGCAGUACAGCCGCGUGCCCGAGGCCGAGCGCAACAAGAGCGGCGGCGGCCUCGUCGAGCGCAUCUUCCUCGGCGCCCAGGGCAAGAAGGGCGAGGAGCCCACCUGGGUCCGCCGCGCCAACUGGUAUCUGUCCAAGGACCGCGCGAGCCUGACGGAGAGCGUCAAGCGCAUCGCCGCCUGGGACUUUGACACGGUCGUCCCGUGCCACGGCGACACCCUCGAGGGCGACGGCAAGGAGGUGUUUGUCAACGUUUUCAAGUGGCACAUUGAGGGCAAGAAGUGAUGCUGUCGUUGUCGUUGAUCUCGUUGUGUUUCGACUGAUCUUGUGUGGUGUGUCACUGUAUUGUGCUGUGUCUACGUUUUGGGUUGUGCUGCUGCGAGAGAUACCACUGGCGGGGGGGCGGGCCGGAGUUGGCGAGAGGGUCCGUUGUUGCGUUUCAAUUUGUACUCGCGGGGACGAUUGAGCCCGGAAAAUAAUCACGAGUGAGGUGAUAGUUAUAAUACCACUUUAUAGACUUGCUUUUGGCGACCGCAUCAGCCUCGCAG